AUGUGCAAGCAAUCACGACGCGUACCCAAUUCUGCAAGAAAAACAAGCGCUGUUGACGAAAUCAUCAGUAAAUUGAAAGAUUUAUUGGAUUAUCACUCACAAGAUGCUCAAACUAAAAUUGCUGAAGAGGUACAAAGGCAUUCAUUAACCAAAAACAACUUGAUCGAAGCCCAAGAAAAACUAUCUGUUCUGCAACAUACAAUUGAAUUUCAAUGCGAACAAAUGAAUGUACAACAGCAAACCAUUACAAAACUCGGCGAUCAAAUAGGUUCACAACAGCAAACUAUUGCCGAACAAGGUGAACAAAUACGCUCACAACAGCAGACCAUUGGCGAACAAGGUGAACAAAUACGUUCACAACAGCAAACCAUUGGUGAACAAGAAAAACGACUUAACUUACAAAACGAUAAAUUAGAAUAUAUAUGUCAGAAGCUAACUGACUUUGAAGAAACGAAAAAGUUUGCUGGUCAUGCUAAUUAUUGGAAAGCUUUAGUAGUCGUCAUGAUAUCUGUUGUGAUGAUGACAGUUAUCCAUCGUUACUUGAAACUAUAA